AUCUGCUGGCCUGCAAACUGUGGCCUGUGUGGGAGAGGAGAGAGGGAGAUGGACGGAUAAGAUACUGUUUGUCGGUCUCUUUGCUUUAUCUUUAUUUUUUGUAUCUCUUCCUUUGUUCGACUUUCUCUUCUUUCUGCAGAGGAUAUGAAAUCACAGCCACCUCUACCCGUCUUUUGAGUGUCCUCCGGUGAGGAGCCUUGAUGUUAGCGCGGAGCCGCACUCCGUGAGUUCAGCAGCAGAGGUGGUGGUACGUUAUUCUGCCGUCACACAGAGGAGACCUCAGACUGUUUGGCAGAGAACCAAGGAACAGGCAUUAUGUGUUGAAUGAUCAAGAACAACAAAACAACUUUAGUGGAUUUGAAGUGGAAAAUAAACUGAGUUGGACAAUGACAGGAGCUGAAUUCCGUCAGGUUCAGACUUUUGACAAGUGAGAGCUGAGUUGGGUUUUCUGUCUGCCAGGCUAAAGCUUCUGGACGUCACGUGUCUGAAAGAGAAGACUUAUUUAACGGAAGCUCCCCCUCUCCUCUCUGCUCCACUCUGCCUGCUCCUCUCUACCGCCUUUCUCUCCCCUCCUCUCUCUCCUCUCUCUCUUCUCCUCCUCCCCUGCAGACUGUGGAUGGGGAGGUGUUUGAAUGUCUGCUGGCACAGUGGUCAUCGCUGGAGGGAUCCUGGCUGCAGUCAUCCUACUUACCAUCGUAGCUGUGCUGUGUAUAUGUAGACUACAGUAUUACUGCGGCAAGGGGGGGGAGUCAGAGAAGGAGGAGGAAGAGGAGGAGGAGGAGGAGGAGGAAGGGGAGGAGCAAAGGCUGGUGGACAUGUAUCCGCCUCGCCCCUUGGCCCUGCCUCCACCCCCGACCCCACCCAUCCAGGACCAUUACAGCGACUGCACAGAUUCAGACAUCUACCCCCCUACGUUCCUUACCGAGCCCGACGGCCCUGCCAGCCCCUCCCCCCUUUUUCCCCCACCCCCUCCACCACCGCCCCCCCCUCGGAGGAGGCAGCACCCGCGCGGCUUCUGCCCGUCGUGCACUCACCGGGCGCUGCCCUUCCACCUCCAGCAUUCAGAGCACCUGUGCAACGGGGCCCGCGGGGAUGUGCUCUACCAAAGCGUCCAGCAGGGGGAGCCAGAGCCACCCUUUCACCUGGAUGCCUUCCACAACAAACUGGGCUUCUGGCACUCCAGCUGCCCCACCCACUCGCUCCCUCACAGCUUCAGCACCGACGUCUGACCCAGCCUGUGAUCGCAGAUGGACUGCUGUCCUCUGACAACAUUAGGUUUGAUACCAGAGGUUUGGUUUGCUACCAGAGGCUUGGUUACCAGAGGUACUGAACUCUUGCAAAAUGGAACAAUUUAAACCAAAUCCAAACCAACCUAAAAUAACCUACUGACACGCUCACUUUAACACAACUAGUGGUGCAACGGAUCGACCCUCACGGUUCGGCAAGCAAGUGAUCCGCAGAUCAGCUGAUAAAAAAUAAAAAAAAGUUCUGCGUUCAUGUGAUCGGCGCAUGUUUAAAGGACAAUUCCGGUAUUUAGCACAUUGAGCGCCCUUUCUGAUUUGUCUAGGAUGAAAUAUAGUGGUUGACACACCGAAAUGUUGACUAUUGGUCCUGUCUCGGGAAUUUGGCUCAUUUCGAAUCGCCUCUGCCCGCUUAAGAAUGGCUGGCUUGGGCAUUCACAAACCUGUCAUUAAAACAAAACGUUCGUUGUCAGAAAUGUGCAACUCACCGAGUGGUUAGUGUUGUUCGUUGAUGUUCCUAAUCAAGUAUCGUAGCGAAAUACAGUUUCUGUUGCGUUUUAUUUAGAAUUUUGUAAAUCCCAUUGAAACGGAAACCGGACCGGAAGCGGAAAUGGGCCUUUGUUGUUUGGUUGUAGUCUUUUCACUCGGUUCUCUGCAUCAACAGUAGAACCGAUCGAAAGGACGACAACCAGCCCCUCUUUCCGUUUCCGGUCAAAGAGCAAUGAGUCUUCAAACAGAAAUCAAUGGAUUUAUAAAAUGCCAAAUAAAACACAACAGAAACUAUAUUUCGCUACGAUACUUGAUGAAAAAGUAUUGCCUGGGGAGAGAGUAGACUCUAAACUCUCCCCAGUCAAUGCAGACAUCCUGAAUUUAAAGUUGUAAAUCCAGGUCUGGUGUGCUUCCUUUGGACACAGGUUUUUCUUUUUUAUUAUUUACUAUCCAUGUUAAAAAAAAAAGAAGGAAUAAUGCCUCAGAUUGCACUUUAAUUCUGAUUUAAAAUAUUUUUUAUUUUUUAUACGUUUUUGUUUUAUGUGGACACAAGCAAUUUUUUUUAAAUAUUUACUAUGCUUAAAGGAAGCAGGAUUAUCACCUAAUUUUUCUCUUUACUUGGUUUUUACACAUUUGAUAAUGUUAUUUAAAGUCUUGUUAUAAUUUUUGUUGUUGUUGUUCCAAAAUGAUGACUCAAAAACCGUGACACGAGGUUAGGGUUAGAACUAAACCAAUCCUGACAAACAUCCCUGCCUUAUCCAAAACUAACCCUACCUUAUUGAAACCAACUCUACCUGGACAAAACUAACCCUGAUUUAGCCCAAAUAACUCUACCUGAAACAAACCAACUCGACCUUAACUAAUCUCAUUCAAACCAGUGUUUCAAACUAGAACAACCCUGAGUAUAUUGGAGCCGAACCAAAACGACUUCUCUGGGUUCCUUUGGGUAAAUCAGUUGAUUACACAUGACCCAAAGGAAACCAGUGAACAUUCUUCUGAUAGACAUACAGCACAGCUCUAAACAUCUGCGUGGCAAGAAGGUUAUUGCAUAGUAGUGUAUGAUGUGUGUUUUUUUAUGACAUGGAUUUCAUAUUUCCCACAAUUCCAAAUACACUUUUUUUUGGUGUGUGUUUCACAGAUUCCCUCGAUAUUACAAUAUAAACCUUGAAUUAAUGUGUCGUUGUAUUGAGGUUCUAAGAUAAUAUGCCACCGUGAAUCAAUAUCAGAUGUACUUAUUAAAAGGGCUCAAAAAGA